AUGCGGGGGGCGAGGCGGCUGGCGGCUCUGCUGUGCCCCCUCUCCCUGCUCGUCACCGCGGCGUGGGGAGUCCGCUUCCACCCCGGACAAGAGACCUUGGUGAAGCAGCUCUCCUCAUAUGAAAUCAUCACACCUGUCCGAGUGAAUGAGUUUGGAGAAGUUUUCCCGCACACGCAUCACUUUAGAAGGAGGAAAAGGAGCUUGGAGGCACCGCUGGAGCCCGCUGCUUUCCGAACGCAUUACCAGCUCAGAGCAUACGGGCAGGUCUUCCAGCUCAACCUGAGUGCUGAUGCAGGCUUCGUUGCUGCUCAGUACACGGUGGUGCACGUCGGGGCCCCGCAGAAGCAGUCAUCCCCUGAUUUGCGCCACUGUUUCUAUCGCGGGCAUGUCAAUGCCCAGGAGACGCACAUGGCUGUCUUCAGCAUCUGUGGUGGUUUGAUGGGCACCUUCAAGGCACAUGAUGGUGAAUACAUUUUAGAACCUCUGAUGAGAGCGGAUGGUGGUGAACAUGAAGAUGAACAUAACAAACCACAUCUUAUAUACAGGCAUGAUGAACUUAAAAAAGAGUAUCAGAAAUCUCAUAAACCUUGUGAAGUUUCAGAGAAAGAGUUGAAGAAGAGCACUUUAUUACAUCCAACCUUCAGCAGUUUAAAUGAAGAGAGCAGCAUUUUACAGAAGUCUCUCAAUUUAGAGUAUGCUUUAAAUAACCUCUCUAUAGAGGAUGGUGGCAAUCCACAUUCCAGGAAAAAACGUUUUCUUUCCUAUCCAAGAUAUGUAGAAGUGAUGGUCACAGCAGACACCAAAAUGGUUCGUCACCAUGGGCAGAAUUUACAGCACUAUGUACUAAUAUUGAUGUCCAUAGUUGCAGCAAUCUAUAAAGAUGCAACUAUUGGGAAUCUUAUAAAUAUAGUUAUUGUCAAAUUAAUAGUAAUUCACAAUGAACAGGAAGGACCAGCUAUCACUUUUAAUGCAGCUACCACUCUUCGUAAUUUUUGCGUAUGGCAGCAAGCACAAAACACUUUGGAUGAUACUCACCCUUCUCAUCACGAUACUGCUGUUCUCAUCACUAGGGAAGAUAUCUGCAGAGCUAGAGAAAAGUGUGAUACUCUUGGUUUAGCAGAGCUAGGUACAAUGUGUGACCCACUACGCAGUUGUUCUGUAAGUGAAGAAAAUGGAUUGAGUGCUGCUUUUACUAUAGCACAUGAGCUUGGACAUGUGUUUAAUGUGCCUCACGAUGAUAGUUUUAAAUGUAAAGAAGCUGGAAUUAAACAUCAGUAUCAUGUGAUGGCUCCAACUUUAAAUUAUCAUACUAGUCCAUGGACCUGGUCAAAAUGCAGUCAAAAAUAUAUCACUGAAUUUCUUGAUACUGGUUAUGGUGAAUGCCUCCUAGACAAACCUAGUGGAGGAACAUAUGAUCUUUCCUCUCAGCUGCCUGGGUCAAUGUAUGAUGUCAACAAGCAGUGUGAGCUUACGUUUGGUAUUGGUUCACAAGUAUGCCCUUACCUGAAACAAUGCAAACGCUUAUGGUGCACAAGCACAGAAGGUGUUCACAAGGGUUGUCGUACUCAGCACAUGCCUUUGGCUGAUGGAACAGUUUGUGGUGUAGGAAUGCAUUGCCGCCAUGGAAUUUGUGUGAGCAGAGAACUGGAGCUGCGUCCUGUAGAUGGAGAAUGGGGGCCAUGGGGACCUUACAGCUCGUGUUCAAGAACUUGUGGAGGUGGAAUCAAGAGCACCACCAGACUGUGUAAUCGACCAGAGCCAAGAAAUGGAGGAAAGUACUGUGUUGGUCGCAGGAUGAAAUUUCGAUCAUGUAACACUGAUUCAUGUCCAAAAGGCAAAAAAGAUUUUCGGGAGCAGCAGUGCUCUGAAUUUGAUGGCAAACACUUUAAUAUCAAUGGUCUUACCUCUGCGGUUCGCUGGCUUCCAAAAUACAGUGGUAUUUCUAUGAAAGAUCGCUGUAAACUUUUUUGCCGAGUUUCUGGAACAACUUCCUACUAUCAGCUGAAGGACAGAGUUGCUGAUGGUACUCCCUGUGGAGCAGAAACCAAUGACCUUUGUGUUCAAGGCUUAUGCAGGCAAGCAGGCUGUGAUCACGUUUUGAAUUCGAAGACCAGGAGAGACAAGUGUGGAAUCUGUGGUGGUGAUAAUUCUUCGUGUAAGACACUUGCAGGUACUUUCAACAGUGCUCAUUAUGGUUACAAUGUUGUAGUAAAUAUUCCCAAAGGAGCAACAAACAUAGAUAUUCGACAGCACAGCUACUCAGGGAAACCAGAAGAUGACAACUACCUUGCUUUAUCAGAUACCCACGGAAAUUUUAUCUUGAAUGGAAAUUUUGUUGUAAGCAUGUCAAAAAGAGAAAUCAAUAUAAAAGGAGCCAUUUUCGAGUACAGUGGUUCAAACAAUACAAUAGAACGGAUUAACAGCACUGAUAGAGUUGAAGAAGAACUAACCUUACAGGUUUUGUGUGUAGGGAAUUUAUACAGCCCUGAUGUGCGUUAUUCAUUCAAUGUCCCAAUAGAAGAUGGAAAUGAUCUGUUUACAUGGGAUCCUUAUGGACCCUGGCAAGACUGCAGCAGGAUGUGCCAAGGUAUUCGAAGAAGGAGAAUGACAUGUAUACGUAAAAGUGAUCGUGUGGUAGUGUCUGAUCAAAGAUGUGAACUUAUACCCACUGUUCCAAGUGUCUUUGAGGAGUGUAACACAGAGUGUGAGUUAAGGUGGCACAGUGUUGGCAAAAGUGACUGUACGUCGAAGUGUGGCCCAGGACAUCGGUCUGUUGAGAUUCACUGUAUGAAGUACUCUACUGCAAGAGGAUUCAGUGCUCCAGUGGAUGAUAAGUACUGUGCUGAUCAGCAGAAACCACCAGCCAGAGAGCCUUGCCAUGGUGACUGUAUGUUAAGAAGUUGGCACUACACAGAAUGGUCAGAGUGUUCCAGGAGCUGUGCAAGAGGUGUCAGAACCAGAGAAGCUUUUUGUAUGAACAACUUGGGUCGCCAUCUUCCUGACAGAGAAUGCCAGGAGCUUCCAAGAGUUGUGACACAGAGUUGUAAUGAAUUCUUAUGUCCAAGCUGGUCAGUUACUGACUGGAGUGAGUGUCCUGUGACAUGUGGCAAAGGAAUGAAGCAUCGUCAAAUCUGGUGCCAACUUAAUGAUGAGCAACUGAGAGAUGAUUUCUGUAACCCAAAUGACAGACCAGAGUCAGUAACACCGUGUGAACUUCAUGAAUGUGCAUCUUGGCAAGUAGGGCCUUGGGGAUCAUGUGCUGUAACAUGUGGACGUGGAUACCAGGUACGCGCAGUCAAAUGUGUUACUGGGACGUACCGGGCUAUUCUGAACGAUGACAGGGAGUGCAAUGCUGCCACUCGUCCUAGAGACACUCAAGAAUGUGAAUUGCCCUCUUGUCCAGAAAAUACAAAAUUAUGGACUACUUCACUUCCUCUAGUUCAUGUGGGGAAAGUGACCCAAUGGAGAUAUGGAUCAUGGACCCCAUGCUCUGCAUCCUGUGGGAAGGGCGAUCGUGCUCGCUAUGUGAGUUGUAGAGAUGCUCGUGGAGAGAUUGCAGAUGAAUCUUUGUGUGCUCAUUUACCACGACCAGCUGAAAUUUCAAGCUGCUUCAGCCCAUGUGGAGAGUGGAAAGUUGGAAAUUGGUCCCCUUGCACAGUAACGUGUGACAGUGGAAUAGUAACAAGACAAGUCAUCUGUGUCAACUACCAUCAGCAAAUUAAUGAGAAUUACUGUGAUCCUGAAGGCCGACCUCCUAAGGAGCAAGAAUGUAACAUGCCACCAUGUCCACCAGUUCAUCAUCAUAUUCCAAAAAUACAUGACCAUCCAGGCCGUUUUCCAGAAACAGGUUACCUCCCAAUACACCCUCCACAAGACAACUUAAACCAGUGGAACCGUCCAUCUGUGGGAGGAUAUCAAUGGAGAACUGGACCUUGGGGAGCAUGCUCUAGUACUUGUGCAGGUGGAUUUCACCGCCGAGUUGUAGUAUGUCAAGAUGAGGAAGGAAGAAGUGCCAGUAACUGUGAUGAGGCAACAAAACCUUCAGAGUCAAGACACUGUGAUUCUGGACCCUGCCCACAGUGGAACUUUGGGAACUGGGGAGAAUGUACUCAGACUUGUGGAGAUGGAAUAAAGACAAGACUGGUGAUUUGUCAGCUUCCCACUGGCCAAAUGUUGGGUGAUCAAAACUGUGAAAUUCUAGACAAGCCACCUAACAUGGCACAGUGUAAUGUGCAUUCUUGCCCUGGUGAUGUUUCUUGGCAUCGGGGACCGUGGAAAUCGUGUUCUGUUUCCUGUGGAAAAGGUUUGAAGUUUCGUGAUGUGCAUUGUAUUAACAGCUUCCAAGCGAAAAUAGAAGAAGACAACUGCAAACAUUUGAAAAAACCACGAACAUACAAAAUAUGUAGAGCUGGAAGAUGUCCUUCUUGGAAGACCAGCACAUGGAAAGAGUGUUCUGUAUCGUGUGGAGUGGGGAUUCAGCAAAGGGACAUCUCCUGUCAGGUGAGAGGCGCGGGGCGGGUGAGUGACGCGAUGUGCAGCCCUGACCUGCGCCCCGCCAGCGCCAGGCACUGCCGCCUGCCCGCCUGCCUCCCGUACCACUGGCUGGCACACCAAUGGCAAAAUUGCUCAGCAUCAUCUAGAAGAAAGGAAAUACACCGGAAAGUUAAAUGUGUGAAUGAGAACCAGCUCCAAGUGGAUGAAAGCUUCUGUGAUCCUACCACAAAGCCUCCAUCAUCAAAAACUUGCAGCUUAUCUCCCUCUAAAUAUGUUGUGCUCACAGGAGAGCUGUCACAGUGCUCAGGAAGCUGUGGGCUUGGUUACCAGCAGAGGAUCACGUACUGUGUUGGAAUCCGUUCUGUUCAAAGGCGGCACGUGCAUGGCCUUCGGACUGUAGCGUACCGAGAGUGCCCGGUAGAGCCAUCCCCAUACAUCUAUAAAUGUAAUGUCAAAGGAUGUUCACAGGCAGCUACGUGGACAGUGGGGAAGUGGACCAAAUGCUCAGCAUCUUGUGGAGUGGGGAUAAAGCAGAGGACAGUAGAGUGUAUGACUGAAAAUGGUUUAUCUAGUGACUUGUGCCUGCCACGUUUAAAACCAGAUGCCAGAAAGAUCUGCCACCAGAAAGAAUGUGAAAUUCUUACCACCUGCAAAGAUAUGCAGAUUAAAAAAGGGAUUCGAAAGGAUGGUGAAUACCCACUUAACAUUAAGGGAAGGAUGAUAAAGAUUUAUUGUUCAGGCAUGCACUUAGAGAAUCCCAAAGAAUAUUUGACAUUGGUAAAAGGUGAAGCAGAAAACUUUUCUGAAGUAUAUGGAUACAGGUUGCAGAAUCCAUAUGAAUGUCCUUUCAAUGGAAGCAGAAGGCAAGACUGUGCCUGUCGAAAUGAUUACCUUGCAGCUGGCUUCACGGUUUUUAGCAAAAUAAGAUUUGAUGUAGCUUCUAUGCAAAUUAAAACCACAGAUUUUCUUUUUGCUCAGACUAUACUUGGGAGAGCAGUACCAUUUGCUACAGCUGGAGAUUGCUACAGUGCAGCCAGAUGUCCACAGGGACAGUUCAGCAUUAACUUGUCUGGCACAGGUCUGAGAUUAUCCAGUACAGUGAGGUGGAUUGCUCAGGGCAACUAUGCAACUGCUGACAUACACAAAUCCCAUGAUGGUACUAAAGUAUUUGGAAGAUGUGGAGGAUUUUGUGGAAAAUGUGUCCCUAACACAAUUAUUGGUCUCCAGCUUCAAAUACAGUGAGAACUCUGAUGAACUAAGAACAUCAAAGCAAGAACAUUUGCCAAUUAGGUUCAAAUUGUAGGUGCUCUGUGUAUGUAUAUUUUAUAUUUUUUAUGUCUGUAGUGCUCAUUUACUGUAAUGUUCACUAAUGAGAACUCCUGCUUUCUUCAGGAUUUACUCAAGGUUGUAUUAUCUGUUUGUGGGCAAGCAAAUGCAUAAAUCACUAUCAGAAACCUUCAGGUUUUAAAGGAGAAGCAUUUAUUCAAAGUCUAUACUAACAGGUAAAUUACACUGGGAUUACUUCCAUGGGUAACAUUCUACAUUUUACCAUAAUUUUAAUUUUUUAUCUGGAACUUACCAGUAUAAAUCUUUAUGCAGUAUUCAGUAAAAUUUGUAUUCUACUGAUCUUUUUGAUAGAUUGUGCUAAAGCAUAGGGAGGAAAGUUUUACUGUUAUAUGAAGAGGUCAUUUCAAGUACUUCCAAUUUUGUGCAAACUUGUAGGGAUGAUCUGUCAAUAACUUACAGCAGAAAAGUACAUAGCCAAAAUGCUUGAGAUAGUUUUAUAGAUCUGUGUGUUUCUCUGUCAGUGAAAGCAUUUUUCCCUAUCCCUUUAAUUAUAUUCUUCGUGGUGCUCAAAUCCUAGCAGUAGUGCUGAGAAGUGUGGUUUUGCCUCUGUAGUCUCUGUAGCACAUUAAACAUCAGGUCUUAGGUUUGCUGUGGUUACAGGAAAAGAAAAUAAGGAAACAAAAUGCUUCAAAACCUGACUUUAAAUCCUCACCUCUCAUCCAAGUAUACUGUGAAAGCAGUGUAUUCUGUUUACCAUUGGAUUUGUGUAUAAUUGCACAAAUAUAUAUUUGCUUAAACACUUUCCGUAUCCACCUUACUCCUAUACCUUGGCCAAUGGCACAUUAGUAAAGGCUGUAGAGUGUGCCCUUCAAAGUCUGAUUCAUCAUAAUUUUCAAUAACCUCAGUGAAAAAUCUUGACAGAGGCAGCAUCAAUCCCCACAGUGGUUUUGGUGUCCAUCUUUGACUCAAUUAGAUUUUUCAAUGUUUGUAAAUACAGUUCUAGCUUCUGCUAUUUAAACAAGAGUUUAAAUAGAGUUUAAAGAGUUUUAGGUUUAAACAAUUAUCUAGCUCUUUGAUAUGUGGGUUUGUAUUACUUUACAGUCCAGAAGAAAUGUAGAAAUAUAUGCAUAUACAGAUAAUGUGUUUUAGGACCAUCUCUCAGGUAUUCAGAAUAAAAUUUUCUAUCUGCAUAAUAAUGUAUAUUAUUGUACCUAAUUUACCAGAUAACUAUACCUGCUUUUUCUGACCAUACACAUUUUGUAAACCAAAUAUUUAUUUUGCAUGCCAAUACAAUUGGUGGAUCAAUAUAUCAUAUUUUUACCCACAGUGAGUUAGCCAUGAAUUAGCAAUAUGUAUUAAUUGAAAACAAUACUGUACCACAGAAGUGUAUGCAGCUUCUUUUAAGAUAACACAUGUAGGUAAUUAUUUUGUGAUCUCUGCAUCAGAAAUGUAUUUUUGCACUAUGUGCCUUAUAAUAGUUGUAAACAUUAAUAAGACUAUAAAACAUUAUUUUCCUAGAAGUGUUUACAUUUGCAAUUAAAAUCUUGUAAUUUAUAAAAUAUUUAUAAAAUAAAUAUGCUUGUGUGAAUGGUACCAGGGUA